UCAUCCCAACGUUUAAUAAUGCCUAAGAAACAAUUCGCAAAGACGAAAGGCCAAUUCGAAAACGGCGCUUGGCAAUGCAAUUGCAUUCCACGUCUCCCCGCAGUUCGCUUCCAAUCUAACAAAGGCAAGCCUGAGAACAAGGGCCGCUGGUUUUAUACGUGUCAGAAGGGACCAAGUGACCAGACCAAAUGCGACUUUUUCUUGUGGCAAGAAGAUGCACAGCCUCGAGAGCUAGCUGCGCUACGAAACAACUCCCGUACAGAACCUGGCAGCACCGCCCACUCUCCAAUCAAGAAGGAAUCAAAAACAAGCCCACACCCUCCGUGUCCUGCUGAUAUCGACCAAAGUAGAAAACGACAUAGGCAGAGUUUUGAGGAACCCAACAGUUAUGGAGAUGAGUUUGAUUUUGACCGAGAAGACAACGCUGUCUACAACGACCUAGACCAAACACUGCUAGCCGCGGAAACACCUACAAAGGCCACAAGGACAACCCUUUUCACGACUCCACGACGGCGCCUCGACUUUGAUCACACAUCCACUUCACACAUUAUUUCAACUCCGCAAACAGGUCCUCGUAUUUUCCGCGAUCCAUUCUCUACUCCUGGCUCCCGCUCUCCUGAGCUCGAGAGUGUUACCCAGGAGCCCACGCCCACCUCCUCAUUUCGAGGGACGCCAUCACGAUCUCGCAACAAAGGUUCAAGCGGGUCAAAAGAUCUUGCACAAAACGUCCUCGAAUGGAUUAAGAUGGAAAAUGUACAUCUGAACAAAGAUGCCGAAGCUAGCUUAAUGAGAAUACUCAAUACACACGCAAAGAUCGCUGAAGGCAACCGUAGAGGUCGUGACGUUUUGCGGCUGGAGCUCAAGGCAAAAGAAGCCAAGGUCGCAAGUCUUGAGAAGCAUUUGGAUACCUUAAAGGCAGAGCUUGAGGCAAAUGAGGCCGCCAGGCGAUUUCAGCAAUGGCAAGAUGAGCAAGGUACUGAUUGACCGAUUGACAUCCAGAGUAGGAUUCCAUGGACAUCUACGCAUACCAAGGCGUUUCUUACGUGGCAAUACCGCAGUUGACUUAUGUAAUGCUGUUAUGGCAUGUGGAAAUUUUAAUUUCUCUAUUGCCUUGUAUGAUCCCAUUGAUACGCUUGAAAUCACUCAGGUAGGGAGACUUGUGGCAUCUGCCUUGCACUCUGCUAGGUGAUUUUGCAAUACCCACCGUAGACUGUGUUCAUAUCAAGUCCCUCCAGGCUCCAGGCCAUGCUUCCGUCGAAACAGGGGGUUGAUCAUGACUUUUCAUUAGAUCUUAGUAUAGUAAUUCAUGAACAGUGGAGGUGAAAUGAGGCCUUGAAAGAUAGAUAACCACAAGACUAUGACAAGUAUGUAUGCGACUGCUAAAUCAUGAUAGAUAUUGCAACAACACAUGCAUGAGGCGAAGCCCAAUAACAC